CGGCGCCGACAUCACAACAACAACAGUGACAGGAACUGGAGCGGCAACUGGAGCGGCGGUGGCGGCGGACGACGAGGAGGAGGAGGACGAGGAGUGCCACAGCCGCCCGAGAAAGUUCCAUUCCUUCGCUCCAGAGCUCCCGCCAAUGGAAGCCACCGAGCGCGAGAGGCGGGGAGCAGCCGGGAGUCGGCGCGCGGCGGGGCCGGGCCGGGCCAGUGCGACCGUUGGUUUAGAGUGAAACUGACUUGUCAAAGAAUUCAGGAUACAAAAAUGUGAAAGACAGAUUUUUUUUCUCUGAAGUGUUUGCAAUGGAUCGAAACAAGAGGAAUUCGAUAGCUGGUUUUCCAUCAAGAUUUGAACGUUUGGAUGAUUUUGAUGGCAAUGGAGAAGGUGGUGUUGCUCACUCAGGAAGAGCGUGUCUUUCAUCUUACAGAGCCUUGAGUAGUGCUGUGUCCAGACUUACUAGGCUUGAUGACUUCACAUGCGAAAAAAUAGGGACUGGGUUCUUCUCUGAAGUCUACAAGGUGCGUCACAGAAUAUCUGACCAAGUGAUGGCACUAAAAAUGAACAAAAUGAGCAGCAACAGAGCGAACAUGCUUCGAGAGGUGCAACUAAUGAAUCGGCUUUCUCAUCCCAAUAUUCUCAGAUUUAUGGGUGUUUGUGUCCAUGAAGGCCAGCUACAUGCAUUAACUGAGUACAUUAAUGGAGGGAACCUCGAACAGUUAUUGGACAGCAGCCAACACCUGCCCUGGACUGCCAGAGUCAAAAUAGCCCACGACCUUGCAUCCGGGCUGAGUUACCUGCACUUGAAGGGCGUCUUUCAUCGGGACUUGACUUCCAAGAACUGUUUAAUUAAAAAAGAGGAGAAUGGAUAUACUGCAGUGGUGGGUGACUUUGGCCUGGCUGAGAAAAUUCCUGAUCUCAGUGUGGACAUAGAAAAGCUGUCAGUGGUCGGAUCACCUUUUUGGAUGGCUCCAGAGAUGCUACACAGUGAGCAUUAUAAUGAAACGGCGGAUGUGUUUUCAUUUGGCAUUAUCCUGUGUGAGAUUAUAGCCCGUGUACAAGCUGAUCCUGACUAUCUCCCUCGUACAGAGAACUUUGGGUUGGAUUAUGAUGCAUUUCAACACAUGGUAGGAGAUUGCCCACCUGACUUCCUGCAACUUGCCUUCAACUGUUGCAAUGUGGAUCCCAAGCUCCGACCUUCCUUUGCAGACAUAGUAAAAACUUUGGAGGGCAUCACACACCAUCUACAAGAGGAGGGACCAGAGAGGCACCUGAGCAGUGCAGAAGGCAUUGAGAGAAAGACUAUUAAUCUUCAGAAAGCCAUGGGAGAGAAGGGACAAGCCAUAAAACGGUCCAGCCCUUUAGGCAUUCCGGGUGACAAUAUAUCUCCUAAAUCGCCUCGCCCUCGACGGAAUAUCUGGCUCUCUCGAAGUCAGUCGGACUUCUUCACCCGAAAAGGUAGUCGAAAGAUUAAUGUUCUUGAUCCAUACUAUACCCCAAACAAAGGAACGUUGCGUAAGAUUAACCCUUUUACCGCAAGGGAGGACCUAAAAGGUGGGAAGAUAAAGUUUGUGGACACACCAAGUAAGUCUGUGAUAUCUCUUACAUUUGACUUGCCAUCACCUGAUACAGUGGACUCCCAAAUUCCUUCAAUAUUACAUGCCAAACAAAACUACACUGGGGACUUGCAUGAAUCUUUUCUCUUUGGUCGAAAAUGUCGGUCCCUUCCUGUGUCACCAGACCUUCCACCAAAAGAAUGUCAUAUGUUUGGGCCCCUUUCAUCUACCAUUGGGAAGUGUGAUCCUAUGCAGCUUGGAAAUGAAGUGAGGCAAAAAGUGUUGAGCAGCUCGAGGUUUUCUGUGUUGGAGAUUCCACCGUUUAAGCCCAAAGUUCAAAGCCAGGAAUCCACUUCAUCAUUGGAACACUUUGAAGCUAUGGACUGCUCGGAGAGUGAGGACCCAUGUUCAGAUGAGAGGACACCAACAGAAAAUUCACAGAACAGUGGCAGUGUGGGUAACUAUGAGCCCCAGAGUUGGAAUUGUAAUAGCACACCUCGAGGUAAUGGGUCAAAUUCAGAUGGUACCUCGUUGAAUAACUGUCAAAAUGCAGUUUUUGGUGAUGAAAUGGAAGAAGAAGAGAUUCAGAGAGACAUGUCCAAACUUGCUUUACCAGAGUCCAUGUCAUCAGUCAAUGUUAGUAUUGCACUGAAACAAGAUGGUGAAACGGGACCCAGCAGCUGUUCUGUGUUGCCUGCUGAGGUGUGUGACAUGGAGGGCUAUGCCUCUUUAGUGGUGGCUCAAUGCACAACUUCAAAUCCAGGUCACCUUCAGUCAAAAUGUGAUAUUUAAAAGGCCUGAACGUAUGAGUAUUGUACAGAGAGAUUUCAUAUAGUGGCUAUUUUUGCCUAAUAUAAUAUGAGAGCUAUUUUUAUUUUGUAAUGUUAAUCCGUCAUAAAGGUUCCAGGCAGAUGAAGACUGUCGAAUUGUAAAGUUAAAAUGCUGGUACCAUGGCUGUCAGCCCAUUCUGACAUGAUUCGGUUUGAGAUGUAGGGAUAGACCAGCACUAAAACGGUCACAUUGAAUCGCAUAAAUUCUUUAUUUUGUAACCCUGGAAGUCAAUUUAAAUCACAUAAUUUAUAAAACUGGCAGUAAUUCGAUAAUGAAACUGAGGCACUUCUCACCUUGCAAUGCAGUAUUUUCACUGGUGCCCUGCAGUAUUUAUACCUAAUCACUAACUAUUGAAUUUAAUAUGCUUUAAAUAGGCUAUUUGUGAAUGUGGAUGCAAUAAAUUGAUUUAAAAAGCAGUCUUUUAAUUUUGACAUUAAGUUAUCAUUCAUUUUUGAUUUAACUUGUGACACUCACUCUAAAGUUUUAGGGAAAAGUUAUAUGUCUUUAUCUUUCCAAAUGUGGGACACCCCCCCCCCCCCCCCCCCCCCCCACCGCUGAAAAGGCCCUUUUGCUUUGUAACCAUUUGUAUUUUGAGGUUCUUUCAACAUACUGUUUUUUCAUCCACAAUUGUUCAAGGCGACAUCACUAUAUUGGAGAUGUGCUCUUAUUGUAAGAAUAGCCUGCAUGUCCCAUGGUACCAGUACAUAAUAAACUAUUGAUGAUGUUGAAUGUGGCAUUGUCUUUGGCCACAUAAGGAUAUUUUUUUUUAUAAAGUUUGCAGAAGAUGAAGAGGUGGAACGACAAGGUUUUUGUACAAGAAGAUCACUUUCCUUUUAAGUUCUGUCAGUCUGGAAGAUGUUACUGCUGUAUGUUUCUAUAUUUCAGGCAGGACUACUAUUAACUGUGGGAUACCAUGUAUUUUAAAAUUCAUGGUAGAACAACCCACAGGAUUAACAUGAAGGUUUUUUUAUUUGAAAAUAUACAUUGUACUUCAUAAUCACUUCCCUCCCUUCCUCCCACAUACCCCAAUACCACCUUCUCCCCGUUCCCUUCCUCAGUGCAUCACAAGUGUUGAGUAAAGCAGAAAUCCAUGUAUCUUCCAUGCUACUAAGUACAUGAAAAUGGAACAGUUUCGUGGGUCUCGCAUUUCCUUAUUUUCUGACACUGGCAUCUCCAAGGCAUUUCAUUAUUUUUUUUGUAGGGCUACCUUUUCAUCAACUAUUUUCUCCCUUCCCUUCUGGAGGCAUUUGACUUUUUCCGCCUCUUUUACUGGGUUACAGUUACACAGGCGCUGGCCGUCUUCUCGUACAUUUCCCAAAUGGCCAUUGUUUGUAUGAAUCUUGUUAAUGAUCCUCGGCUCUUCAAUCACAAAGCCAUUGCUGCCAAACAUAAUUUUGAUGCCCAUGUGUAUAUAUUCCAACAGGUGAUCCAAAGUAGGAAUCUUUGAUGAUUCUCCCCACCCCCUUCAAACCAGAACACCAAGACCAAAUCUUGCAUCCCAUUACUGCCCUGGCUGAUUGGGCAAAUUCGGCACAGACUUAGUGCCUUCUUGCUUCAUAAUGCACUAUUGCUCACUGAAUAAACUUGCUGCGCCAUUGAAAGAGAAGACAACGGUGUUUAUACAAUACUUUUUCCACAGAUCUUCUGUUUAUUAAAGAUUGUACAAUAAAUAUUCUUUUAUACUCUGUUUCAAUUAGGGCUUUUGGUCAGAAUUAAAAAAAAGACCAUGUUAAACGGGUAGGUUGGAAGGAAGCUCAUUUCAAUGAGAUGCCCAAUGUUAACCAUUGAAUUGUAUCGGAGAUACAGACUUAAUAUUUUAUAAACUAAACCAUUCUUGACAGGCAUGAUGGGGUUAAUUGAUGAGUUUGUCAAGGGUAUCUGGUACCAUUGAUUGUCUAUGUUUAUUGAUCUUAAAAACAACUUUGGUUUACACCUGGCAUAUUUUGUUCAGCUUUGUCUAACUCGUUAUUUUUGAUUCUGAGCUAAAGAAAUGUAGCUGUCCUUUAUUCAUCUACUUACUUAUCAAAAAUUCUAACUAGAGAGACUAGUUAAAGCUCCAAAGUGUUGAUCAUUCUGUAGAAAUUAGACACAUUAUUUCCAUUGCGUUAAAUAUGUUUUAAACCAAUAAAGAUUUGCACAAAUUUCAGUCCAAUUCUCAAAUUGUACCCUACAAAAUUAACAUUAUUCAUUACUCUUUAAAGAGUAAUGAAUAUGGUUCAGUUUCCUAUUUGCCUAAACCAUUCAUAAUGUGCAAUUAGUUUACAUGAACUCUGUAGAGGUGCACAGCUCGUGUACCACAGUGAACAAGUCUCUGGCUGGAUUAACUGGUGGCGGUGAUUUCUGAGGGAAUCUGUGUAGUUUGGGUUAAUGUGACAUAACAAAAUACAUCACCCCACCCUGUGGACUGCUUCAAACAUAGUUCCUGGAGGUCGGCCCGAUGUACAUUUUGUUUUCUUGUUGAGGAAUCCUGUUUCAAAUUGCCCCAUAUUUUACCCAUUUUAUUCAUGAUGAGAGAUCUUGAGAAGCAUGGGUAAUACAAUCUAGGACCAAAGUGGAAACUGGCCAAGUGAUUUUCUGCUCCAAUUUGCCAACUUUGUAAAUCUGGGGAUACUCACAGUUCCUGCUGAUACACUCAAUUGAACCCUGCACAAUCUUAAAUAUUGCAGCAAUUAUAAAAAUGUUAGAAAGCCAUUUAGCACAGAAUGUCACAUAAUACCGUGGUAUUGCUGAUAAUACUUGAACGACUGUCAUUUUGCCUUCUGGCUGACUUUCUGAAGGAAUGCUUUUUGCAAAUAUUUUUGAAGCUGAAAAUAAAAGUUGAAAAUCAUUGUUUUGAACCUGACAAGGGCUUCUACUGUUUGAAGGAGGGGGAAACUCCUGUAAAUGGAAGCAUCUGCAUUCACCAGAUUUUUCCUCUUUCAUAACGUGUAGAGGGUAUGCGUGACAUCCUGUUCCAUUUAUAUUUACGUGCUGUAUUAUCUAAAAUCUAUCACUGACUGCAAAGCAAUAGUUUAUACCAACUGGUGCCCAAAACAUACUCUUUGUAUUAUACAAUAAUUUAUCCUGAUGUUGCAUAUUAUUUGAAUAUAGUGCAUACAUACCCAAUAGGGUACCCAACAAAGUGCUCCAGUUUACUGGGGGGUCAGUUAUACUGUGGACCCAUGCAAUACUGAAAGUGCAUUAUACCCGUCUAUCAACGNUUUUUUUUACGAGUCUCUUCCAAGAUCGUUGAGCUGAUCUCACUUCCUGCACUAUUAAUAGAAAUUUGAUGUCCUGGAAGACUUAUCUAAUUUUUUUGUGCUUCAUUUAACACACGGAGUCUGAACUUGUGGAUCCAGAUCAUGUUACAGGGUCUCCCUGUACAAUGUAAAUUCAGACUGACAUGUAAGAUACAAAGAUGUGCUAUUUUAUACAUGUGUACAGUUUUGUAAAAGAUACAUACAUUUAAAUACACUAUCAAUGCGAGAUACUAGAUUUGUGAAAUUGACCCUUCAUAACAAACACUGCUUGCCUGGAUCUCAAGUAUUGGGGUUGUGCAUUAUGAUGCGUAUAUAGCUUACUCAAUUUACGGUGUAUAUACUCCAGAGAUGUAAGUCAGCUGCAUUGUUUUGCACUUGAAUUAAUUGCCAUCUUUGAACAGUUUGCUCCUGGAGAUUCAUGUAGUUUUAAUGCAAAAGUGCAAUGCUUUUUAAGUUUGAACAUAAGUGUUUUGGUUUCAGAACUUUAAAAUUAUGGAUUUCUUAAUUUACAUUCCUAAAAUGGGAGCUGGGCAUUAAUGUGUAAAGGGACUGAGAGGAUGGAAACUAAUUCAUUUCAGAUACCCCUUGCAAUUUUUACUUUACUAUUUUGGUUUAUGAUAAAUGUGUGCAAUGAAAAACAUUGUUGCAUCCCAAAUUCUUAAGCCUCGUUCUUCAGGGAAAGGAAGGAAUUACUAUCUAAUGGCUGCCAUGCUUACCUAGAUUCAUAGAGCUUACUUUGGGCUGUUGAAGAGACACUGGCUUAAAACCUUUUAUAUAUUUUAAAAACAUUUGGUAGCAUGAACAAACUUACAAUGCACUGUAUAUGGAAAAAGGCAAUGUUUCAUUAUAUCAACUUGCUUUUCUUAUAAUUGGUUUUCAUAAGUUCAGAACAGUCUUCCUUGUAGCUUCAAACAUCAUAGUGUGAUAGGGAAGUACCAACGUACUAUGAAUUACUCUGAAUUUAUCCAGUUCAGAUCAUUCACUAGUAAUGUCAAAAGGGAAGGUGAUUCCUUCUCUGAUUGCCCUAUUUGAACAGCCAGGAAACAGGCGCUGUAAUUUCUCAUUUAAAACAAUAUUUUCUUUUAAGACGCAAAUGAGUGAUUUUUUGGAGUCCCUAUUUAAUUUGAAGGUGUGAGUAAAUUCUAAAUCAUUCCCAGUUCACUGUGAUCGGCCAAUGUUUAGAAUUAAGCAAAGUUCAGCAUUUCAUACGUGUUUGGUAUCUUGAUCCAGUGCAAAACAUAAACUGUCAGAUUUGUAGAUGCUUCUCAGUGACUAGCUAAACAUUGCUUAGAAAGUUAUUUUGAUUUGCACACAGCUGUAAACUGAGGGAGGUGUGCACCAUCUGUUGAUUUAUUGUAAGUAAUGAUUUUCAGGUUAAUUAAGAGCUUUAAUUGUACCAAAUUGUUCCAAUAUGAAAUGUUGGAAUUUCCUUUUAAUGCUGUGGAUUACAUGUUUUUGUGUUUUUUUUUUACUAUCUGUCCUGUAUUCCCCUUGUGCCCAGUGCCAUCAUCAGCUUAGCCUGCUUCCAGGACUCUGGCUCCAUUGGCCUGUAAUUAAUUGGCUAUUAAGAAAUGCAGAAGGGGAUUCAGGUUCUCUUCUCUCUCCCCCACCCAACCCUGGAGUUCUCACAUGGAGUAAUGCAUUAGCUAAUGUAUGAUUCUCAUGGGAUGUACUGCUUUGUAGCAAAGGAACAUUCACUCGGUUGUAUCUACACUGCUAUAAUUCUUAAUUCUGUCUAACAGUGUUGACAAAAUAUGUGGAUACAGAGAAGGUUUGGGAGGAGAAGCAUAAUAUGUUUUUUCUCACUCCUAGUGUUUCAUGCAGUUAAGGAAUUGGGCCUAAGUGUGUUUGUAUAUUGUAGUUUUCAGUCACUGCCACUUUUACUUCAAUUUGUCAAUUUGUUUGCCCCAACUGGUACUAGCGAGCAAUAGUUUGAUAUUUUGCAAAUAUGAAGAUUGCUUCCUGCUUCUGUAGUUACUAUAAAGCUAUAUUGGCUAUUUCCAUUCAAUUAUAGGAAUGUUGACAGUUUAAGAGAUAAUAGUGAGCUGCUGCACUUAUGAUGUACUUCGAUAUGAUUUGUUUUUCUUCAGAAACAAAGGUGACAGUUGGUAAAAUAGUUCAAUUGGCAAUUGAAGAGCAAUAAAAUUAAGGUGUAGAUUUUGAUUUUUUAAAAAAAUUUCUGGGAUUUAAUGAAGGGAUUGUUUGAAUUCAAGUUGUGUGUCAUCAUUGCGGAGGGUUUGUUUUUACUUUAGUGGAUCUGAAAUCGUGCUUUGGAACUAAAUUCGGAUCAUUAAGUGUGUUGUCACAAGACAGUCACUAGUAAGUGGGCUUUUUAUAAUUCAAAUAUAUCUGUAUAUUUUACAAUUAUGUUAGGAGAAGAUGUGUAUUUACUGUUUCCAUUUGCUAUCGGGUUUAAGUAUCACUGCUUGGGAGGAUUUAGUUCCUACCUUCAACCUCCCAUUGUAAAUUUCACAGGGGGAUAUACCACAUUUAGUGCUUACAGUUUGGGCCAAUCCUUGGAUCAGCUCAUACUUGCUAACAACUUUUAAGGAGAAACGUUUGGUUUCAACUACUGAUUAAAGUGCUUCAGCAUCCUUUUUUUUAAACAUCUUUGAAAAUCAGUAACUUUUAUAAUUUCACCUGAAAUAAUAAAAUUGAGUCUGCCAUGCAAUGUUUCUCACUUAUGAGAGUAACCUUUCUUUUACAGUGAAAUUAUUAGCAUUUUGGCAUCAGAUUUCGAGCCAGUUUGCUAUUAGCUGAAAUGGAUCUGUUAGUGAAUGAAUCUCCCAGUUUCAGGAAGCCUAUCGACAGACAUUCUCCUAAUUAAUUAGUAAAGCCCCAUUUUGCAUCACANUUUUUUUAAAAAAGGUGUCUGUUGGAAGCUAUAACUUUGAUGUAUUCUCAUCUGCAGUCUUUCAUUUCCUAGUUACCAAAGGACUCCAAACAAGUACUGGAAUACUGUCAGUAACCUAAAGACAUUGACUUUUGAGUUUUUUUUUAAAUGUACGUAGGUGAAAUAAUAAAACUGAUUUACUGCCAUUAACUAGGUUAUUGUAUAUUCCACAGUACAUAUAAAUAGAAGUUGUUUGGAGGCUGGAGUUUCCGGGUAGGUUUGUAGAUAGACCCUUAAAACAUUUUGUUCAGUGGAUUAUUCAACUAUCCGGGCCUCUCAAAAUGAAUAAAUUGUAGUUAUAAAAAAUACAGUACUAAGCAAUAUGUCACCCACCAGCAACAAAACUGUAAAGGUAUUUAAUAUCCAUUGGAAGAUGUGAAGCAAACCAAAUCUGUUCUGAAGAAUGCACAAAAAGAGCUUGAUCUCGUGCUUGGAAUUCCUAUUUAGGUUAGUAAACUCAAUCAUUGAAUUAAUGUGUUGUACAAACGUAGUCACAAAUAGUUGAAACAUACAUGUUGGGUUUUAUCUGUAGGUAUUUUAAGCCUGCUUGAAAUUUAGAGAAAAAAAGUCUAUUUUUGUAAUGAAUAUAGAAAAUUCUUGUACAAUUUUAAUUUUGUUGGUUGGUACAUUUUUACUAUUGCAAACUGUAAGAUUACUACAGCAGUAGAAAUUUAAUAAUAUUGGCUGAAUCUGUAAAUUACAAUCUGUUGGAACUGUGAUACCAUAAUAGAAAAUUGAUUCGUAGAAGUGUUUUUAAACUGUUGACAGAGAUGGUUACAUUUUUAGUAAAAGUAAAUUAUUUUUCUGGAAUAUUGUGAUAUAUUGUGACACUUUCUGAAUGAUUGAUGUACCAUCUGAAAAUGGUACCAGGCAUCUAUACCGGCAAACAUUCUGGCAUAUAGUAUCAGUGCUAAGAACUUCAUCUAACCACUUAAGUUUGAGAUGAAGGAAUUCAAUUUAACUGAUGCAUAGAUUUUUUUCCUGUAUCUAUCAGCUAUUAAACAGCUGUUUAAAAUUACAUUUCCACUCAAUUUUCUCCCCCAUCAAUGUUCAGUUGUGUCUUAAAAAUCCAUCAGGAUUUUUUUGUUGAAAAUUUGCAUUCUUUAUUGUUAUAGGAAAAAGAAGAGUUGCUUUAAAGGGACCUAGGCAGACCUUUUUAUAUUGUUUUUAAAACAAAACAUGAAUCCAAGAAAACAUUUUGUUUUGAUAAUUUUAUAGGAAAACAUUUUUGGCAAAGUAUAUAAUGAGUCUGCAGUACAAAUCACAGUACUUGGGUGGGUUGAUCUGUUUCAGGGUGUGACUAUAUCCUCUUAAAUAUAAUGUAAAUGGUGGCAUUGGAGUGUCCCACAGCAUUGCUCUGUACAAGCCCAGGAUCGACUACUGUCUCACCAUACA